CUCUCCAGCGCGUCGCAUCGCUGAGCGGUGUUCAGCACGGACAGCCAGCACCGCACGACCCAGCGCACAGCUUACCUGGCCCCGCCGAGGUAUUUCUAUUCUCCCCUUUUCGGGCGAAAAAGUGCGGACCGACGAAGAGACCUGAACUCACCAUGCCAGGUAGAGAGUGAAAGGAGCUUUGGAUCGUGAGGAGCAGUGGAGUAAUACUGCGUGUGUGCUUGGGGUGGCCUCUCCAUCGCGGUGAACACCUUUCGGGCUCGGAGCGCGCUCGGACGCACGUAUGAUGAUGGACGGCUGGCCGCCGCUGCUGCUGCUGGCUCUCCUCGCCAUUGCGGGAGGCGGCCUCGGGGCAGACACAGAGGAGCGGUUGGUGGAGCAUCUCUUGAACCCUGCCCACUACAACAAACUGAUCCGUCCUGCGACGAAUGGCUCCGAGCUGGUUACCGUGCAGCUGAUGGUGUCGUUGGCCCAGCUCAUCAGUGUGCAUGAAAGAGAGCAGGUUAUGACCACCAAUGUCUGGCUAACACAGGAGUGGCAGGACUAUCGUCUGACUUGGGUCCCUGAGGAGUUUGAUGGGAUGUUGAAGGUCAGGCUACCCUCAAAACACAUAUGGCUGCCUGACGUGGUGCUCUACAACAAUGCUGAUGGGGUGUACGAGGUGUCAUUCUACUCUAACGCGGUGGUCUCCUACGACGGCAGUAUCUUCUGGUUGCCCCCAGCCAUCUACAAGUCAGCCUGUAAGAUCGAAGUCAAGCACUUCCCCUUUGACCAGCAGAACUGCACGCUGCGCUUCCGCUCCUGGACCUACGACCGCACCGAGAUCGAUCUGGUGCUCCGCGCUGACGUGGCCAGCAUGGACGACUUCACGCCCAGCGGUGAGUGGGACAUCAUCGCCCUGCCAGGCAGACGAAACGAGAACCCAGCUGACCCCACCUACGUGGACAUCACGUACGACUUUAUCAUUCGCAGGAAGCCUCUUUUUUACACCAUCAACCUCAUCAUCCCGUGCGUGCUCAUCACCUCGCUGGCAAUCCUGGUCUUCUACCUGCCCUCUGACUGUGGAGAGAAGAUGACGCUCUGCAUCUCCGUGCUGCUGGCUCUCACUGUGUUCCUGCUGCUGAUCUCCAAGAUCGUCCCACCCACUUCACUAGACGUCCCUCUCGUGGGGAAGUACCUGAUGUUCACCAUGGUCCUGGUCACUUUCUCUAUCGUCACCAGUGUGUGUGUGCUGAAUGUACACCACCGCUCGCCCACCACACACACCAUGCCCCCUUGGGUUAAACUGGUGUUCCUCAACAAGCUUCCGGCCUUGCUCUUCAUGCGCCAGCCCAGGAACAGCUGCGAGCGCCAGCGCCUGCGCCAAAGAAGGAGGGCCCAAGAGCAGAAGGAGGGUGGGCGCAGCGGGGAGGCGGGGGCCUUGAUGGUGGGGCUCGGGCUGGGCGGCGCUGGCGGGAACGGAGGGGGAACCUCCACAGGGGUGUUCAGCAAGGAAGACAAUGACCCUUGUACCUGCUAUGUGAACCGGGCGUCUGUUAAACAGUUUGGAGGGGAUCUGGGAGGUGCAGGAGGGGGAUCCAUGGAUGGUCUAAACAGGGUGAGGGAGGGCCGGGAAGGGGGCUCUGGAAACCUGCCGCGGGGGAAGCAAGCAGCAGGAGGUCCUGCUCUGACUCAGGCCCUGCUGGCUCAAGCCUGUCCGGGCUUUGAGGAGGCUGUGGAAGGAGUACGCUUCAUUGCUAACCACAUGAAGAGUGAGGAUGAUGAUCAAAGUGUGAGCGAAGACUGGAAGUACGUUGCCAUGGUGAUCGACCGUCUCUUCCUGUGGAUCUUUGUGUUUGUGUGCGUGUCCGGCACAUUAGGCAUGUUCAUGCAGCCGCUUUUCCAGAAUUACACAGUCAAGACCAUCACCAGCUCGCCAGGCUGACCAUUGCCAGGCCGAGAACAUGCUGAACUGACAGCUCCCCUCCGACCAAUCAGCACAGCAGGACAAGAGCCGGAGGUGGG